UGUAAAACUGGUUUCAAACUCCCCUCAUACUGAGUGACUGUUCAAAGCUUCCCUAUUUCAUACUGUCUUUGUCGAGCAGAUAUUUAAGACCGAGAAGUCCUGACGCCAUGUAUGCACAUGACAAUAUAGAUUUUUGAGUAAGUGCGUUCAGUGUAGUAUAGUUGCGCUACCUAACGAGAAUAGAGAUCCAUGGCGCAGAGUUGUGUUUUUGCUUGUGGGCGUGGAAGCUGCUUCGGACCUUCACGCAACGCAACCCAUCAUAUAACGUGUGACUAUCGCUCGUGUGUAACAGUGCCAAGUAGAGUGUAAUGUCAUGUGUAAUGUCAUGCUGAUAGAAAGAUUGAAAUGGUUGCUGGUUUGGAAAGUGCACACAGGUUGAGAAAAUACGUAUAUUCAUGAAGGUAUGGGGUCACGAGUCCCAAGCUGGAUCACCACGAGAGUAACUGACACAGUGUAAAUCGCGAUAAAGCCGAUACGAUAUGCCGAUUACAAUAGUGGUGGAGGAAGAGUGCUAUCAAGCCCACGUUUCUCAGACUCAUGGAAACGCCCAAUGGACCGUGUACAGGAUCGCCAACGAUAACAGAAUUGUAGUGGAGAGUCAAAAACCAAGAUCUGUUUCUUUGGAGGAUACAAUUGGCAAAGCUGCGGACAGUAUCAACGCUUCUGUAAAGACACUGUGGUACGAGCUGAUCCAUAGCAUGCCCGACCAUGAUGGACGUUAUGCUGUGUUUGACUAUGUGAAACUCCAGAAGGAUGGUACAUGGACCUCGGCAUCAUCUUUCGUGUUUUGGUUGCCGGAGGAAGCCAGUCCGGAAACGAAAAGUAUAUAUACUGCUGGCAAGGAUACACUGAAAACAGCCCUGGAUAUAUCUUGACAUCGUGCAUGUUCGUGAGCCUUGACCUACUCCUUAAUGGGUGACAAUUUACCCCUUCUUCUCAAAAAGAUGCAUUUAUUCAUUCGUAGUAUGGCGUUCUUUCUGGGGGCCUUUUUACGCACAUUUUUCCACAGAACCGCUCACAUCUAAAUAACGUUUUAACUACAAUUUACC